AUGUAUAUGAUGAAUGCAACGGAAUCCGUUGUGUUUAUUCCAUCGUCUAAUUUAGAACCUUACUUAGAAACCUGGGCGAAUGUAAAAGAUGACAAUGUUUACUAUAAUUUGAUUACGUAUAAUGACGAAUACAAACUGUCUCUCUCAAACACUGAUUUGGAUAUAAGUGAUAAAAAGUUGACGAAUGCCAUUUACAAAAGCUUCAUUGACAAUCAAUUAUCAGAAGAAAUCAUAACAGUUUUCCCAAACAGAUAUAUAAUUUUAACUGAAAAUGGCACGAGGGUAUUUUCGUUUAAAUAUAUCAAUAAUAUAAAUGUCGUAUCUAAAAAUUGUGAUAAGUUUCAAAUACAAUACCAAUCCACAAGAAUAGAAGGAUUGAUUUGUAAAGUAAAAUAUAUGGCUGGCAUAAGGUAUAAGGUAAUUUGUGGCAAAAUCGGGUUAGAAUUUAUGCCUAUUAACGAAGUAGGUGAACUUGAAGCUGAAAUACAAUGUAUAACCUAA